GUACAACCUCAUUUUCUUUUUUGAUUUGGGUGGACACAAGUAUAAAACCUACCGUACCAUCUCAUUUUAGGGUUCCUAUUUUUUGGUUUCCCUCUCCUCUUCUCUUCUCUUCUCUUCUCUUCUCUUUGCCUUUGAUUAUACACCGAAAAAGAACAGCCAAUCAGAAAAGAAGCCUUUAUUUUUAAGGUUCGGUUGCAAUGGAUGCGGCUACACCUAAUUCUCAACGUCGGCCAUUUUCAAUCAAACUGUGGCCCCCAAGCCAAAAUACACGAUUAAUGCUUGUGGAGCGAAUGACGAACAAUCUUUCUAGUCCAUCCAUUUUCACCGAGAAGUAUGGUAGUUUGAAUAAGGAAGAGGCUGCAGAGGAUGCGAAAGAAAUUGAAGAUGCAGCUUUUGCCACUGCAAAUCAACACUAUGAAAAGGAGCCCGAUGGUGAUGGGAGUUCUGCGGUGCAACUUUAUGCGAAGGAAUGCAGUAAACUCAUCCUAGAAGUCCUCAAAAGGGGCCCUAGAACCAAGGAAAAAGAUAUUGUGAAAUCUGUGGAAGUUACUGCAGCACCGCAUGAAACUGUUUUUGACAUUUCUAAAGGUCAACGGGCCUUCAUUGAGGCAGAGGAGGCUGAGGAACUUUUAAAGCCAUUAAAGGAGCCAGGAAAUUCUUACAGUAAGAUAUGUUUCAGUAAUAGAAGUUUUGGCUUAGGUGCAGCCCGUGUUGCAGAGCCCAUCUUGGGAUCCCUCAAGGAUCAGUUGAAGGAAGUUGACUUGUCAGAUUUUGUUGCAGGAAGACCAGAGGUGGAAGCUCUGGAAGUCAUGAAUAUAUUCUCAGCAGCACUUGAAGGUUGUGUUUUGAAGUCUCUAAAUCUUUCAGACAAUGCCCUAGGUGAGAAGGGUGUUAGAGCAUUUGGGAUGCUCCUGAAAUCUCAGAGUAACUUGGAGGAACUCUAUUUAAUGAAUGAUGGCAUUUCGGAGGAAGCUGCACAAGCUGUUUCUGAGUUAAUUCCUUCCACAGAAAAGCUUAGAGUUCUGCAGUUUCACAAUAAUAUGACUGGUGAUGAAGGGGCUGUUGCUAUUUCUGAGGUUGUGAAGUGUUCUCCCUUGUUGGAGGAUUUCCGAUGCUCCUCUACUAGGGUGGGCUCAGAUGGAGGAAUUGCCUUGUCUGAAGCACUUGGAACAUGUCCCCAUUUGAAAAAGAUCGAUUUACGGGAUAACAUGUUUGGUGUAGAAGCUGGAGUCAUGCUGAGUAAUGCUCUUUCCAAACAUGCAAAUCUUAAAGAGAUUUAUCUGAGCUACCUGAAUUUGGAAGAUGAGGGGGCAGUUGCAUUAGCCAAUAUUCUCAAGGAAUCUGCCCCUUCGCUUGAAGUCUUGGAGAUGGCUGGAAAUGACAUAACAGCUGAAGCUGCUCCCAGUUUAGCUGCUUGUAUAGCAUCGAAGCAGUUUCUCACCAAGCUGAACUUUGCUGAGAAUGAACUACAGGAUAAGGGUGCUAUUCAGAUCAGCAAGGCAUUGGAAGAAGGUCAUGCCCAGUUGAAGGAAGUUGAUUUGAGCACCAACUCAAUAAGAAGGGCUGGGGCUAGGCUACUGGCUCAGACUCUGGUGCAUAAGCCUGAAUUUAAGUUACUAAACAUUAAUGGGAAUUUCAUCUCCAAUGAAGGCGUUGAUGAGUUAAAAGACAUAUUUAAGAAAAAUUUGGACAUGCUUGGGCCAUUGGAUGAGAAUGAUCCUGAUGGAGGAGAGGAUGAAGACAAUGAAUCCGGGGAAGAAGAUGAAGAGAUUGAGAAUGACUUGGAAUCAAAAUUGAAGAAUCUUGAUGUCAACCAAGAUGAGUAGAGGUUCUCUAAUUUCAGGCCAGCUGCAGUAAUUCCUAUGGAAGCUAACAGAGUCUUCAGCAAUUAGGUUAUGCUUCAUAAGGUCCUUUCUCCUUCCUAGUUCAGUUUAUUUGGACACCAUGUAAUAGCUAGUCUAGGAAUAUUACUAAAGAACUUUUGACAUUUGUUCUUAGUAGUUUGGAUUGAUGAUUUUUGGUCUCUUUUUUAGUGUAUUAUCCUAGCAUUUCCAUAGCAUCUAUGGUUGUUUUAAGGUAAGGAAAAUGUUAUAUCUUUGAUCUACCUUGCCAAUUUGUUUUUGUUU